AAUCAGCCUAUUGUCAAGGGGAGAAGGUUAAUCCCGGUGACAGGAAAACACCCCACUAUGAACUGGUUUGGAAAUUACUUCUCUAGAUUUCCUGAGGAUGUUUCCUUACUCAACAUACACUCACCUCUGUUGCUUUCACUCAGAUCAUCCGAAGAUGAGCAACGUUUUAUUUCCAGCACGAGGAGCCAUGCACCAGCCCAGGCCGUGACGAAGCAGCCUGUCUGGGGAGAUACCGGCAGGACCACAAUCAUGAUUGUCCAGACAGGUGGAGACUGGAGCACUGGCCUCUUCAGUGUCUGCAGGGACAAGAGAAUUUGUUUCUGUGGUCUGUUUUGUCCAAUGUGCCUCGAGUGUGACAUCGCCAGGCAUCACGGAGAGUGCCUUUGUUGGCCAUUGUUACCUGGGUCCACCUUUGCACUGAGAGUUGGCACCAGAGAGAGACAUAAAAUACGGGGCACACUGUGUGAGGACUGGCUGGCGGUGCACUGCUGUUGGCCCUUUUCCAUCUGUCAGGUGGCCCGGGAACUCAAGAUGAGGGCCUCCCAACUCUACAAAAUCUGUGCAGCUCCAUCAACCAAGGACAACUUUAUCUGACAGAGCCAGAAAACUCUUCCUCCUCACCACCGCCCCCACCCCUGCCCUCCUCUCAAACCCCUCUUAGAAG